AUGGGAGCUGGUGCUGAGCCACAUUUCAUUAGAACGACGUACUCAAAUUUGUAUGUUUCCAAAUUAGCUCUGCACAUCGCAACUGAAAAAGUUCCUGGAUUCCAAAGGCGAGCCGACCGUUUGACUUGCAAUUUUACAGCCAAGCACCAGAUGCAGCUUAAUAUCAUUAAGGAAAUAUUUUUUCUGUCGGAUCUGAAUUCUGGUAACUUCGGCCUCGAUGAGCGAGAACCGCUAGUCGUCGUGGAUUUUGUGGUGCUGCCCCCAAAAGACUGUGUUCAUCGCUUCACAGUUUUUAAUCAGUUCUGUGACAAUACGGAAACCUGCAAGAUGGCCUUGCGAAACUGGAACUUACUUGAGAGCGUGAAUGCAGCAAAGAGCACCCUACAGAACGAUAACCAGCGAUUGAACAGUAUCAUCUGGAGAGAUGGCUAUGACGAAUAUUUGGAAACUGUUCUCGCGAAUGUCAAUCUCUUCCAGAAUUUGUUCUCACAAUAA